UACACACGCACAUUCAUUCAUUCGAAUCCCUGAAUCGAUACUUCACAAAAAUGGGGAAAAAACGAGUUGCUUAUAGAACCUGGAACCCUCCUGCAAAUAAUAAUCCUCGUGAUGAUGAACUUCCACCCCCAAAUCACUACUCCAAAAUUGAUACUCAAGCGGUAUUACAGAAUACUAAGCUUCGGUUGGCGGAAAAGUUUUGCCUUCUGGCUGGAAUUUCGUGGUAUGAGGUUAUCGCUGCUCAAAAGCAUAAAUACUGCUACGAGAAUGUGCGAAAAUGGGAUGAUUCUGGUGCCAAAGAUGCUCUGUUUGAAGCACAUGAGCGCUUCUGCUCCAUGAUUAAUGGCCUGCCUUGUGAGCAUCCCUUACCUGAUCCAGAUUUGUAUGUUGAGAAGGUAAACUGGGACCCGGUGAUUGAUCCUGGACUGAUAUCAGAAUUUGAAAAGUUGGAAAAAGAAAAAAACUCAACCAAUAAUAAGAUUUCAGGUUCUGGUGUUAGAAAUAAUAUUACUGUUGAUAACCCUCGGGAAUCUCAUCACUUGGAAGAUAACGUAGAUGUAAAGGAUGUAGCACAGGGUUGCAAUAAAUGUGGUGAUUUACUGGAGUCAAAGAGUGCUAUGGAUUUGUGGCAACAGGAUGGCCCUGAUGGUGAUGAGGCUACAAAGGACAACAAACAGGGAAGUGCUGUGAAUAAGCCAUCUGAUUGGAACAAGGGGCUAGAUGAUGCCAGAGAGUCAACUAGAUAUAAAUCUGAUGCUUUGAAAAAUCCUGGUGGACUGAAUUGUUGGAAUUCCAAACCUAGCGAGUUGGGCAAUCACAAUAACAACUUAAAAGUUUACUCUGGAAUGCGCACUCGUGCUUGUCGCAAAAGAGAAGAAUAUCAAGCAAGUCAUAGAAGCCAGAAACAUGAAGAUGCUGAUUCUGAAUCACCACAAUUUCAGGGGAAUGAAAGACCACGGAAACGAUAUAACCUGAGGUCAUCGAAGUAUUAGGAGUAUACUAUGCCAGACAGUGGUCGUUUCAGAUGAAGGUAAAGGGAUUGCAAGGGCGAUGGGUGCUGAAGUGCAUGAAAAGGAUGGGGCUAUGGAGCAUUCGAUGGUCUAUGUCCUGCAGAUCUAGACCUUCCCUGAACUAUUGAAGAAAUUGGAGUAAAUUGCAAGAAUCUUCAA